AUGGCUCUUGCUUAUUUGGCUUGGGAACAGAUUUUUUUGGAAGAAAGAGUUCUUAUAAUUGGAAGACGUUUAGAAAGAAGAAUACUUAGGGAUGGUCAUAAUCCUUUUGAAUUACCAAAUGAUGAAUUCAUGGGUGCAUUUCGUUUGAGCCAACAAUUGGUUAUAAAUAUAAUUGAUGCAUUGAGGACAUCAUUACAGCAUAAGAGAACAUCUGGAUUAUCUCCUGAAUUACAAGUAUUAGUUUGUCUUCAUUUUUAUGCACAAGAAAGUUACCAAAAAGGAUUGGGUGGUAAUAGUAUAUUAAAUAUUAGCCAACCUUCGGUUAGUCGAUGCAUACAUUAUGUUACUGAAGCUAUAAAUCAGCGUUUGUUACGAAAAUGGAUUAAAUUUCCAAUGACUGGUGCUGAAAGACAAAGAGCUCGAGAAAAUUUUGCACACGCUCCUCAAUCAUUUGAAGGUACAAUUGGUGCCAUUGAUUGUACAUACAUACAUAUACUUGCUCCUCGGCAACAUGAAGAAGCAUAUGUUAACCAUCAUGGUAAACAUUCAUUAAAUGUGCAAGAUAUUGUAAAUUCGAAACUACAAGUUCUAAAUAUUAAUGCAAGAUAUCCUGGUGCUAGAAAUGACUCGUAUAUUUGGAGUAUGUCACCUGUGCGUCGUGGAAUGGAGUACCAUUAUAAUAAUGGUGAACGCCAAACAUGGUUAAUAGAAUUAGCUUUUUCUAUUGAUAAGAAUCCAUUUACUUAUGGAAUGUGUGAUUGGAAACACAUUUAUCAAAGGAUUUCUAAACAAGAAAAUAGUAAGGGUCAUAACCAAUGUUGUGAAGCUUAUUUCAUGCAUAUCCAAAAGAGAGAUGUUGGUUCUUUAUUAAUGGAAAAUCAGAUGCAUCAACAAAGAGAAGAAGUAAAAAAAAAAUAG